AUGGCUGUAGUAAUGGAUGCAGAAAAUACCACCGUCGAGAUGGAGUUGAAUACUUCCGAUGACAUGAAUGAUGCAGUCAAAACUGUUGUUUGUGAAACUGAUGACAGCAACGAAAAGAAGAAAAUGAAGAAGAAGCACAAACAUAAACAUAAGCAUAACGAUUCCAGUUAUGACGAGGAACACAAAAGGCAUCAUCAUAAGAAAAGGAAAGAUAGAAAAAUAAAGAAACAUAAGAAAAGUAAGAAAAAAAAGAAAGCAGACGGCGAUAAGGAAUUCAGUGAUGUUGAACUUGAUGAACUAGAAAAACAGAAGGAAGUACUAGAGAAAAAACUGCAGAAAGAAGAUGAAAAGAAAAGCAAAGGUAAUUCAGGUGAACAGACUGGUAAAAUAUCAGGAUCUGACAGCGAUAGCUCAUCUUCCCUCGGCAGAGGGGAAAGUAAGCAUGAUGAAAGCAAACAGAUAUCUUCAAAAAUUGAUGUAUUGUCUGCUAGCAAUGGAACUGAGAAAUCAGAUGAUGGUGCUGCAGCAGAGAAGUUAGUAAAAAAAGUCUUGGCCAAAAAUGGAGCCGAAAAACCAGUUGAUAAAACCUCAGCAAGUGAAAAAUUGGCAAAAAAAGUAAGUCCAUCACCAGAAAGAGGACGAAAGCGUACGCAUUCACGCGAACAUCUGAAACAUUCUGAGCAAUAUGAACUGGCAAAGCGAAGAAGGAGAGAGAUUGAAGAGAUCCUGAAGAACGAUGGACAAAAUAAGGAAGAUAAGGUGGAGACCGAUAAAGUGUUGGAAGAUAUGAAUUUGAAAAAUGAGAAGGGGGUGGUAAAAGAAAAACAUGAUGGCAAGAAAAGGGAACUAGAAGGAGCAAAAAGGAAAUCUGUCGAGAAUAGUGAAAGCACCAAAAAAGCUGAUAAUGAUGAACACCUUUUAUCGUCUGAGCGUAAAAAUGACCGCGAGAGGCGAAAAGAGAAUGAACUAAGUUCGAAGAAACGAACUGAUGCGGAUCGAUCAACCGACGUUAGACGCCGUAGUCGUUCCGUCGACAAACGGCGUGGAUAUAAUGAAAAAACAGAGGAACGGGGAUCGGAGUCACACGACCAUAGAGUUCGGCGUAGUGUGUCAAGAUCCAGAGAUGACAGACGUAGAAGUAGCUCAAGAUCUGGUCGCGCAGGACGCGAGCGAGAUCGUAAUCGUGAGAGACGUUCCGACAGACGUUCUCGUUCACCAGGACGGCGUGUUCCACGUUCCAGAUCUAGAUCUAAGGAACGGUUGCGAAGAGACGGUUCAAGGUCAAGGGAUCGAGCUGGACGUGAAAGGAGCCGAUCACGCGACCAUUUUCGCCGAAGCAGAUCUAGAGAUCGCUCUCGUCGAAGCAGAUCUAGAGACCGCCCUCGUCGAAGUAGAUCUAGAGAUCGUUCUCGUCGAAGCAGAUCGCGGGAUCGUUCUCGCCCUGAAUUGAGACGUCGUAAGGAAUCAUCUCGAGAGCACGAAGGACAUGAAAAAGCUAAAUCAAAGGAUCGACAUGGUGACAAAGUGAAAAAUGAAUCUCGACGAGAUUCUAGCGGGAAAAGUCAAAGUCGACGCGAUGACACCUCAAAAUCUGAAACUAAAGUUCAGAGGGACCAGAAAAGAGACCACCAUCGUCGGGAAGAUAGUGUUAGUUCGAUUGAAUGGGAAGAUCCUGAUGAAAAAGAAGAAAAGAAAAUUCAGGAGCUCCGAAAACGUCGUCAGCAAAUCAUAAAAAUAUUGAAAAGCAGAAUGAUGAGAAGGAACAACCAAGGUGAGAUUUUAGCGAAAACUGAUUUCGAUGAGAUACCAUUGGAUGAAGAUAAGCGCGGAAAAACAGAUUUCAAUGCAGACAGUAUUAAACAAGAGAAUUUUGAGAAGUCUGAUGAUGAAACAUCAAGCCAAUCAGCUGAUGAACAGCUACUGCGAGAAGCUGAAGAGGAGCUCCAGAAGAAGCAUGACAGUGAUGUAUCUUGCUCCAGUAGUCCAAUUUCACCGGCUGGCGAGGAUACACCUGCAGAUUUCUAUGGUGAUUUAAAAGAGAAAAUGGUUCAUAUCAAGGGCCAAGAAGAGUCUGCUGUUGAUCGUGCAUUGAGGAAAGCAGUAGAAGAGGAAGCGGAAGAACUACGAAGACAACGUGGAGAGGACACCAAACAGGAGAUAGAGAAUAAAAUGGUCGAGGACUGCAUUACUACUACAUUUGAUAUGUUUGCAACGGAUGCCGAACUUCCUCCUGAGGUAUUAAACAAAGCUGCAAUAAUAGUUUCUGGACAAGAACCGGCCAAUGCUUCGUUGAAGGAUAACUGGGAUGACACCGAUGGUUAUUAUAGGAUUCGUAUUGGUGAGAUGCUUGAUAACCGGUACCGCGUUUAUGGCUAUACUGGUGCAGGAGUAUUUGGUAAUGUUGUACGCGCUACAGAUGCAGCACGAAGUAAUACACAUGUAGCGGUGAAGAUUAUUCGCAACAAUGAAGUGAUGCGAAGAACGGGCAUGAAAGAACUGGAUAUUUUAAAGAAAUUAAAUGAAGCAGAUCGAGAUGAUCGGUAUCAUUGUCUUCAGCUGUAUCGGCAUUUUUAUCACCAUCAGCAUCUCUGUUUGGUUUUCGAAUCGCUCAGUAUGAAUCUCCGCGAACUAUUAAAGAAGUAUGGAAAUAGCGUUGGUUUACACAUGAAGGCAGUACGCAGUUAUACACAGCAACUUCUGAUGGCUCUUAGGUUACUCAAAAAAUGCAACAUUCUUCAUGCAGAUAUCAAACCGGAUAACAUUCUUGUGAAUGACACCAAGAUGACCUUAAAAUUAUGCGAUUUUGGUUCUGGUUGUCACGUUGCUGAUGCUGAAGUAGCACCAUAUCUUGUAUCUCGUUUUUACCGUGCGCCGGAAAUUAUGCUCGGAUUACCUUAUGAUUUUGGCAUCGAUUUAUGGUCGGUGGCUGUCACACUUUAUGAAGUGUAUACGGGGAAGAUUAUGUUCGCAGGGAAAUCAAAUAAUCAAAUGUUGAAAUUUAUGAUGGAUUUAAAAGGGAAAUUUCCAAAUAAAAUGGUGCGGAAGGCGCAAUUCAAAGAUCAGCAUUUCGAUCAGAAUUGUAACUUCUUGUACCAUGAAAUCGACAAAGUAACGCAACGAGAUAAAAUAACUACAAUGUCUGUCGUGAAGAUUACUCGGAAUUUAGAAAGCGAGUUGUUGGGUGACCAGGAACUUGACAAGGACGGCAUACGGAAACUCGAACAGUUUCGUUCUUUGUUGGAUGCUAUGGUAACACUGGAUAACUCAAAGCGUAUCACAUGUGGUGAAGCACUUAAGCAUCCAUUUGUUGUAGAAAAAUAA